CGUUGAAUGUGAUGGUUAGCUUGUGAAAGAAUCUUAAAACGACAUUCUUACAUUUAAUGUAGUAGAAACGAAUAGUGAGGGUUGGUGUACUGUUUUUGUUGGGAACUAAGCAUUUGUAGUAUAUGCAUCGUGCAUUUGUUCGUCGGUUUUUAGUGGGUUGUUCAUCUCUUCGUGGAUCAUUAAAUUAUAUCCGCAAAGCAAUGACAGUGCCAAGACCAGUAGUGAUCACUGGACCAUCAGGUGCAGGGAAGAGCACCCUGUUGAAGAUACUCAUGGAAGAGUAUAAGGAUGUAUUUGGGUUCAGUGUCUCACAUACAACACGAAAGCCAAGACAUGGAGAAGAAGACGGAAAAGAUUAUCACUUCACCACAAAAGAGGAGAUGCAGAAAGGAAUUGACCAAGGGGAGUUUAUUGAGCAUGCAGUCUUCUCUGGAAAUAUGUAUGGAACCAGUAAAGCAGCAGUGCAGACUGUGCUGGCAGAAAACAAGAUAUGCAUUUUGGAUGUGGACAUGCAGGGCGUGUUAAGUAUUAAAAAGACCAACCUUAAUCCAUUAUACAUCUCUAUCCAGCCACCAUCCUUGGACGUUCUGGAGAAAAGAUUAAGGGACCGGAAUACUGAAUCGGAGGAGAGUCUCCAGAAGAGACUAGCGGCAGCAAGACAAGACUUGGAAAUCAGUAAGGAGCCAGGGCUGUUUGAUGUGGUAAUAAUCAAUGUUGAUGUGAGACCAGCAUAUAAUAAAUUACGUGACGUCCUCCAAGUGGAGAUACAGAAGGUCCAAUCAUCAAGCAAUUCCUGAAAGUAAAAGAAGAAAGGCUUUUUAGGAGACUUGUACAUCACUUUUUAUCAGGGAUCCUACUAUAGUAAACCAAGGACUACAUUCCUAUGCUCAUCAUUCCUUGAAGCAACUGAAGCCAUUAACAUGAAUGUUCAUUAUAUGAGAAUAAGAUUUUUUUAUUUACAUUUUUGUUUAAACUAAGUAGUAAAGCUUUCAAGAAUUGUCACUAUUAUUUUUAGCUUCUUCUGAUAUCCUAAGUAAAAAAUCCGUGGUCAUUGUUCUGUAGGCUGAAAUGUACAAAAUGAAAUAAAUAAGUGUGAAUCUAUACAAAUAUUCAUACAUGUAUAGUCAAGCAGGUUAAUUCACAUGAAGUUCUGGAUGUUCAGUUUUAUUCUAACAACAGCUGUUAACAAGGCUGUCAUUAUUUCUGGAGAAAAUUUAUUCCGUUUUAGACUAACAGUAAGUAAAGAGAUUACAUUGUAAAUAAAAUAUUCACACAUCACAUUAAUUUGGCUGGGUGCUGUUUUAAGCUUGAAAAAUCAUUAAAAAUAUUUAUUUUAA